GCUUGUCAGAUACACUGUGCCAUUUCAGGUUGUGGACUCUUUGUGGGAAAAUCCGCAUACCGGGAUUGCAGGCUAUUUUAUGAAAAGAGCUUUGGUUAUUUAAUGACAAGUAUUGAUCGAAUGAACUACCGGAUAUAAGUCUGCUCUUUCUACUGAGUCAACUGAGGGAGAAAAAAAAACUAUAUCUCCUGAUUCCAUUGCCGGGAGAAAGAGGGAACUUCGGCUAUUGUUUCGUUCAAAACAAGUAAAGAAGAUCGUUGCAGAACUGCCCUCUAUUGSAUAUCAUCUGCGGCAAAUAAUUCAGAACAACUAUCCGUUUUAUUUUCUGGAACUUGUCAUUGAGACGUCGAGCUCCUUCCCGCCCCCUCGYCUCUAUUCCAAAAUACUAGAGGGGGGUUAGGCAGUGGUGAACUGCAGCACUGGAUGAAACACGGGAUUCAAGGUAGACUGGGGAUAGCCUGCUGCCUGAUCGCACCACAAUCUCUGUUUGGACGAUUUAYAUUCCCCCGUUCAGUCACCUAACUCCGAUAAGAACGCAUCGUCUCGUUUGCUCGGUUGUGCGUAAAUUGCGCCGUGGAUAUCUUUCCAGCUCGCGGGAGAUCUACUCAUCAAUCUAACCGUACGUUCACCGUUUCGAGUUGCGUAGUUUCAGAGCUACUGAACGUAGGGAUAACUAGUCAGUCAAGUAGUGGCGCUUUCCACGUCGGCUCGCAUUUAAUUCAUUAGUUUGAAAGUAGUUCCACAUCGACUUCGGGUCUCAAGGUAACGGCGUAUUCCUAACCAACGGACGGACUGGAAUUUGCGCUCGAGUUGCAUGCCUGGUCUAAAUCAUCUGGACGGAACAUAUUCCAUCCGCUCAGGGGAAGCUACCACAGAGGUCCGGAGAGUUGGAAGUGCCAUGGCGAUGUUGGCGAGUGUUUGGAUUGUCCUCCUGGCUGUCAAUAUACAAG